AUGCAAUUAUUCACUUGGCCUCGGUCACAUCUUCUCGAGAUUGGCGACCAAAAUUGGUGCCCGUCGUGGCUUCACCGGCACGAGCAACUGGUUCUCACCCAGCUGUGGAAUCUUCGAAUUCCCGGGUGGAGCCAUGGAAACCUUGCGAAACAGGCAUGUGCAGUGUUCAAAGGGCACCUGGAAGAUCUUUCCUCGUACACAGUUCUGGACAUAUGCGCUGGUGCUGGUGGGCCUACCCCUGUCCUCGAAUCAGAGCUCAAUAAAGAACUCGAGUCCGAAGGCAAGGGCCCUGUUCAGUUUGUCUUGAGCGAUCUUUAUCCUCAUAUUGAAGAGUGGGAGCGAAUAUCGAAGAAACAGCAGAAUGUCACAUAUAUCGAAAGCCCGGUGGAUGCUCGGGCUGUUCCUCGAGUUGCAGCAAGUUCGAGAAAAGGAGUGCCGCAUCUUCAAUAUCUGUUUCCACCAUUUUGGAGAUGA